AUGGACCAGCUCAACACAUUUAAGCAGCACACCGGCAAGAAGAACUACACCGACUUGUUCAAUAUAGGGAGACUCCUGUUUGUCUCCAACACGAAGAAGUGCCAGAGCAACCAGUCCAUGUUGAUAGGCACGAUCGAGUACGAGCAGCACAUCCUCGACAUUGUGAAGGACUACCAUGUGAAAGUGAAUUAUUUGCUGAACUUGUUCUACACAUCGUGCGUUCCGGAGCAGGAGAAACGGAACAAGAUCCUGGAAAAUCUGUCCAAGAUUAAGGAGGAGAUACAGGCCAAACAGGAGGAGUACAACAGCGUGCUUAUCAUGGGCAAGCCGCUGCUAAUUCAUCUUUUUGAACAAAUAAGCAUCUGCAAGAAGUUUAACGAAAAGCUGGAUAGGUACAUCCAGGAGAAGAGAAAGAAGGCAUGA